CCAAGUCCUUUCGUGAAAAUUUGAGAAGGUCCCAGUAGAAUCUGUUUACCAUGAAAUUGUGGGUAAGGUAUAUCUCUAUUUUUGGGAUAUUUCCUGUGAUCACACACAGUUUCCAGGCACAAUACAAUGGGGACCAAAUACUCCGACUCAUCCCAAGGGAUUCCAAGCAGGUGGAGUUCUGAGACAAAUGGUGGAGAAUGAUUGGAUUGACUUGUGGAGGCCUGAGUUCCCAGAGAGAAUUCAACCUCAGGAUGAGGUCCAUGCUCGGAUCUCAGCCUCAGCACUCGACACAGUUAAAAGUGAACUGAAGGAAUGGGCCCUUCAAUACAGCAUUUUAACACAAAAUAUUCAAGAACUCCUGGACAACCAGAUACAGAAUGAGGAUAAGCAGCCUUUCAAUACCAGAGCGCACAGCUACAUCAAGUAUCACCCAAUGGAAGAGAUCUAUCACUGGAUGGAACAAAUGAAGGAAAACUAUAAGGAGUUGGUGACACAGCAUCUGCUGGGGAUGACAUACCAGAAGCGGCCGAUGUAUUAUCUGAAGAUCAGUAAAAAAUCCGAUAAACCCAAGAAAAUGAUCUGGAUGGAUUGUGGAAUUCAUGCCAGGGAGUGGAUCGCUCCUGCUUUCUGCCAGUGGUUUGUGAGGGAGGUAUUAGAGGCCUACACUGCAGACCCUGACAGAGAUCGCUUCCUCCAACACAUUGACUUUUACAUUCUGCCAGUUCUGAACAUCGAUGGUUAUAUUCAUUCCUGGACAGAACUCCAGGAAUGCCUGUGGAGGAAAUCCAUGUCUCCCUGUGAAAACAGCACUUGUUUUGGAACUGAUCUCAACAGGAAUUUUGAGGCGAAAUGGUGCAGUAUUGGGGGUUCGAGAAACUGCUGUUUGAACACCUACUGCGGUUCAGCACCAGAGUCUGAACCAGAGACCAUCGCCGUUGCUGGCUUUCUCCGUAAGCAUCUGGGCAAUGUUUUAUGCUACCUGACCAUUCACUCCUACGGUCAACUGAUUCUUAUGCUUUACGGGUACACAAAUACAACAGCCAGCAACCACGAGGAAAUGAUGAGAGUCGGCGAGAAAGCAGCCAACGCUUUGGAGCAGAUGCAUGGGACCAAGUUCAAAGUGGGGCCUUCUUCAUGGGUCCUCUAUUAUUCAUCUGGCUCCUCACGGGACUGGGCGGGUGAUCUUGGAAUCGACUUUUCCUACACGUUUGAGCUCCGAGACAACGGGGCCUAUCACUUCCUCCUCCUGGAAGAUCAGAUCCAGCCACCGUGUGAGGAGACCAUGGAUGCUGUGACCACCAUUAUUGAGCACAUAUACGACAAACAUUUCCCGAACUCCACUCCGCCUGUUGCGGCCCUGUGGUCGGCUGUGCUGAUGUCCUGCUUAUUAAGCGUGCACUUUGCGAAUUUACUUUAG